AUGGCAAAAACAGGAAAGACCACUGAGAUACGGGUAUCAAGUAACUGUGACCGGGCAAAGCUGGUGGAAUAUCCUCCUAUCGGUAUGAAACAGAGCUGGGCCAAAGAGAAAAGAGAAGAGGAGGAAGAGGGUGGAGGCCAGGCUGCUAGGUUUAUAUAA